UACCGGAGUCGAAAACUAGCUUCACUUUGUAACCAGAUGGCCAAAGUAGAGGUAGCACCUUUACGGUCCUGGGAUGACUUCUUCCCAGGCACAGAGCGAUUUGCAAAACCCGAUGUUCGUGAUUUACAGAAAUGGAACAAUAGGGUUCUUUGUAACCUACUCUAUUACCAAACAAAUUAUCUAGCGUUGGCAAUAAUUGUUUUCCUGCUAGUGGGACUCACAAAUCCACUGGGUAUGUUCAUGGGUGCCACAGUGGUCACUCUGGUGUUUCUGGGAUCUGUGUGGGUAGGAGAGAACAAAGCUGUGAUCAAGAACUUCAAGAAACAGUACCCCUCUAUGUUUGUGUUUUUGGUGAUGACGGCCAGUUACUGUGUCAUGUCUAUGUUUGGAGGAGUCAUGGUCUUCAUGUUUGGGAUCACCCUCCCUCUUGUCUUGAUCUUUGCCCAUGCUUCAUUACGCCUCCGUAACAUGAAAAAUAAACUGGAGAACAAGAUUGAAGGAGCAGGCUUGAAGAAAUCUCCCAUGGGCCUGAUUCUGGAGGCCCUAGGCCAACAAGAGGAGAACCUUAACAAGAUCCAGGAUUUCCUAGAGAGCAAACUUAAAGAAUGAAGUGGACUUGGAUGACCCGUAUCCCAAAAGAUCACCCCUGAGGGCUCAUGUGUUUUGUCCACACACUCCAAAGGCACACAGUUGACUCCAAAUACACACACACACACACACACACAUAUACACAUACAUGCACAUACACGCUUACUAACACAUACAGAGACUCACAUACGCACAUUGAAUAUUUUGAGACAAACAGUUUUGGCUUGGUAACUUAUGCUGAAAUCCCUCCCCAUCUCACCCACUCUGCCCACAUGUUUCCUGAGUACACUGAUUACAGAAGCGCUCUACUCUUUGCCCUGGAUCCCAGGAAAAGAAAAACUGGAUGAACGACUAUCACCAAUUCUGUGUGUCUACUGUACCACCAUUCAUAACCCAAACAUUCUGACAUUUCACCUAGCACCAUCUAAAAUAAUAUUCUGGCUUAAAAUGACAAUGUUGCCAUUUAAUAACUUUCAGCUAGUUUCAUCUGGAUACCAUUUGGGUUAGCAAAUGUUGUAGCAACAGAAAACUGGUGGAUUAGAGUGCUACGUCCGAAUGUUCCAGAACGUUAAACUCAUCAGGGUGUUUACUAGAGAGGUGUUUCAGUGUAGUCUUCUCAGUAUGUCAUGGAAAUGAUGUGUAAUUGUAUUUUUGUGUUCUCUUUUGUUCUAAAUGUGGA